AUGGCUGACAAUACAAGCCAUGACGACCUCAUCACAGAGUUCUGCGGGCUGACUGGCGCCUCACCCUCGGAUGCUCAGCAAUACCUUUCGGCGAACCGAUGGGAACUGUCAGGCGCGGCGGCUGAAUACUUUACGGCUCAGGAAGAGGGCAUACAAGGCGCACAAGAAGGUGGAGAGGACGAUCCGCAAGAAACAGAAGCAUAUACGGGUCCACGGACACUGGAUGGCAGACCAGCCCCAGCGGCUAUUCCAACUGUUGCAUCCAGUUCACGCUCUGCUGCGCCGCCAAGAAGUGGCGGGUUCGCUACUUUAGAUUCUUUAAACCAAAGCUCAUCUACUAGUGCUGGCCAUGGCCAUGCGCAUGACGAUGACGACUCCGACGAUGAGGAUUUUGAACCUGAGAAGCAACCAAGAGAUUUAUUUGCUGGUGGUGAGAAAUCAGGUCUGGCAGUUCAAGACCCUUCAAAUCGAAGUGAUCCAAGAAGUCUUGUAAAUGAUAUUCUCAAGAAGGCCAGAGCUAAUUCUGCGAGACCGGGCGGAGAACCAUCAACGGCUUCAGCGUCCCGUUUUCGGGGCUCAGGGCAGACUCUGGGCGGCGAUGAUGCCCCAUCUCAGACAAUCCCUGAUCCGCAACCACGAGUGCCAGAUCCAGGGCCCACCCAAACCCGAACAUUGCAUAUCUGGGAGGAUGGCUUUAGUGUCGAAUCUGGCCCUCUACACCGCUUCGACGACCCCCAAAAUGCAGCUGAUCUCCAAAUGAUUCGCCAAGGUCGUGCUCCUCUUCAUUUGAUGGGUGUCCGCCCAGACCAACCAAUUGAUGUGCAGCUGGUGAAGCACGAAGAGAACUACAAGGCGCUUCCCAAAGUAUAUAAGCCCUUCUCUGGUGGAGGUCGCCGGUUGGGCAGCCCCACCCCAGGACCGUCUACUACUACAACCGCCGCCCCUACCACCUCUACUAGUAUGCAGACCACUUCAACCGCACCAGCCAGCGCUGCUGCACCAGAGCCUGAAAUCGACUCUUCACAGCCCACAGUCUCGUUGAGAAUCCAAUUGGCAAAUGGCACAAGAUUGCCGGCCAGAUUCAAUACCAGCCAUACAAUCGAUGAUGUAUAUCAGUUUAUCGAGAGGGCAUAUCCUGGUAGCAGUACGAGACCGUGGGUUUUGGCCACUACAUUCCCCAAUAAGGAUCACACCGACAAAAGCUUAGCGCUAAGUGAUGUUGUGGAGUUCAAGAGAGGUGGAACUGCAGUGCAAAAAUGGCUUUAG